GGACAUUAUCAAAUGAAUCAGUUGCAAAAUGGCAUGCAAAAGUUUGGUUUCAAAAUUGCAUUACAGGCUACGAGUGUGUGCAAGUCCUGCGGGCUGACUAUAAAAGGGCUGUCGCAUCGACAGGAUCUUGCAGUUGGCGCUGAGUUGCGCAUACGACGCGUGUGCCCCAUCGGAAACAGAAAAAAAAGGCGUUGUAACCAAGUGCAGUGCAGUGAUGAGUGCUUCCGGAAAGAGUCUUCUGGGCCUGUGGCUCUACAGGAGCGGCGAGCAGGAGUGGGCCGUCAAGCAGGGCAGCCCCUUGCACCAGCUCAAGAAGGAUACGACGACUCCUGGUCCGCCUGGUUCACAUCCGAAUCUCGCCAGGCACUCCUCAGCUCCUCCAGAGCCACCACGGCUGGCCAUCGGAGGUGCCAGCCAGGAUAGUGUCAGUGCCAGGCAGCAUUCCCCCGGUGAACGCAUCUCCAUCAUAUUCACCCUGCGCAACCAGGUGGGAAAUCUGGCCAGAGCCCUGCAGGUUUUCCAGGAGCUGGGCAUCAAUGUGCUGCAUCUGGAGCUCUCGCCGCUGGAGAUGGCCACCAACCAGGCAGACGUCCUGGUGGAUGUGGAGUGUGAUCCUCGUCGACUCGACCAGGUCGUCAAAAUGCUCAACCGGGAGGUGGCCUGCGUGAACUACACGUCCGUGAAUACCCAAGGUUUGGCCAGAGCUCCAUCUCUGUCAGCCUGCUCCAGUUUUGAUUUUGGGGACAUGGUUUGGUUUCCACGAAAGAUCUCCGACCUGGACAAGGCUCAGAAUGUGCUCAUGUAUGGCUCGGAAUUGGAUGCCGACCAUCCAGGAUUCAAGGACCCUGUGUAUCGUAAACGACGUGAACAGUUCUCGGCCAUUGCCAACAACUUUAAGCAUGGCAAUCCCAUUCCACGUGUGCAAUACACACCUGAGGAGGUGAAAACUUGGGGCACCGUUUUCUUGGAGCUCCAUCGUCUUUACGUGUUGCACGCUGUGCCGGAGUAUAUGGAAACCUGGCCGGAGUUGGAGAAGUACUGUGGCUACCGCGAGGAUAAUGUUCCCCAGCUGCAGGAUGUGAGCGUUUAUCUCAAGCGCAAGACAGGAUUUCAGUUGCGACCCGUCGCUGGUUAUCUAUCCCCAAGAGAUUUUCUAUCGGGACUCGCUUUUCGCGUCUUUCACUGCACUCAGUACAUUCGACACUCAUCAGAUCCAUUCUACACUCCCGAACCGGACUGUUGCCACGAGCUACUGGGCCACAUGCCCCUGCUGGCCAACUCGAGUUUUGCCCAGUUUUCGCAGGAGAUUGGUUUGGCCUCUCUGGGGGCGAGUGAUGCGGAUAUCGAAAAGUUGGCCACGCUCUAUUUCUUUACAGUGGAAUUCGGAUUGUGCAAACAGGCGGAUAGCUCUUUCAAAGUUUACGGAGCUGGAUUGCUAAGCUCGGUGGCUGAACUGCAGCAUGCGAUUUCGGCGGAGAACAAGAUCAAGAAAUUCGAUCCGGAGCUGACUUGCCAGGAGGAGUGCAUCAUCACCUCCUACCAGAAUGCCUAUUACUACACCGAUUCCUUCGAGGAGGCCAAGGAGCAGAUGAGAGCUUUUGCCGAGAGUAUCCAACGACCAUUUGGAGUGCGCUAUAACCCAUAUACGAUGAGUGUUGAGGUCCUGUCAAAUGCCCAGAAAAUUACCGCGGUGGUCAGCGAACUCCGAGGGGAUCUCAGCAUCGUUUGCUCGGCCCUGCGAAAGAUCUCCGCGACGGAUGAGAACCUGGAUGUGGACAGCAUUGCCAAUAUGCUCCACAAUAGCCUCAAUGUUAGAGGUGGAGCUUCGGGAGGCGGCGGAAGUCCCUGCAGUCCGGAUAAUUCCGACAACUCGACGGCAGAGGGCGAAUAGGAACGGAAAUGGACAGAACGACUAGGAACGGAAAUGGACACAAAUGGAACGAAUCGGGAACAGAUUAUUGGGACCAAAUUGCAGUAUACUUCACUUAGCAAAGAUACAUUUUAAAAUAUAUAGUCUUCUUGGUAAACAAAAAUUAUUCAGGAUAUUUAUAUAUUUAAAUAUUCCAAAUUAAAACAAAUUAAAAACGGCGCGCGAUAAAAGUUGUUUACAGAUUAGAAAACAAAAUUUUUAUUUCACCAAAUUUGGUUAAUGUAGUUUCGCAGAGCUUUUCAUCAGCAAUGUCUAUUCAACAAUUGAACUAAUUUUGAAAAGUAUUUGUAAAGUUUAGUAUAAUACCGUAAUUUAUUAAUCAAUGAAAAAAAGUCAUUUAUAUAUUCCAAUUAAAAAUCAAGGAACUCAAAAGAAACUGCGCGAUAAAUGUUUUUGAAUAGACAAAAUUUUAGAAAGGCAAAAUUAUAUUAUCAACUGAAUAUUUAUUUGAAAAAAUCUAGUUAAUGUAAUUUUUCAAAAUAUUUCAUCAGAAAAAUCUAUUGAACAAAAAUUUUGUUAAGAAGCAAAUAAAUAAUCUGAUUUUUAAGAAGUCGAAAAGGGAGAUGAAUCUACAUAUAAAAUAAAUCUAAAUAUUUUUAGAACUGAUCCUGUUGAAUAAUAUUACCGACCUGUCAACGACAGUUUCUUAAAACUCCUAAAAUCAGCUAAGCGAACUAUACUGUAGCUACACUUUUUAA